GCUCUGUGGUGAAUCCUGUGGUCACUGGUCAAAUUAUACCUAGUUAGGUACCUACUUGCAUACCUAGAUAAUAGACUUUUUGUGGUCAAUUUGACUCAAAUCCACUCAAAUCCAAAUUCCAAAGUACCCUAUAAUGUAUAGGUCAAAUCCAAUUGUCAACUUUCUCAAUUGAAUAAUAUUAAUCUCGUUAUUGAAAUCCAUAGGUACUUUACUUGCUCUGUGAUGAAAUCUAAGUUUUUUUAACCCAAAAAUUAUAUUUAAAAUGUGAUUUAAUAUCGGUACAAAUAAGUGUUGAAUGUGCAAUUUACCAUAAAAUUUCUGCUGUUGAAACUGUUCAAUAUUUGUUAACCUUUGAAAACUAUUUGCAACAUAUACCUACAUAUAUUAUAAUAUUAUGAUACAUUAAAAUUAUAAAUGUGCACUGUGACCGUCAUAUAUCAGAAUCUAUAACACUUGCCAAAUAAUGUGCAAGUACGUAACGUAAUUACUUUGCGUUGUGUUGAAGUCCCGAGUACAUAGAAUAACAGAUACAAGGGUAUUAUUGAUAAAAUCAUGGAGAUUUUUGAGAGAAUUUAUCGCCAGAUUAUGCGAAAAUUGAAUGACCUCCCGGUAACUAUUACUAAAACAGUGGAUAUAGUCAAUAAAUCUGUAAACAAUGUGAGAGUUCCACCUCUGACAAGAGACAAUGUACUUUUCUAUUAUUUGCCUUUGCAAGGGAUUGUUAGUUACACAACUUUGUCUGUUAGUGUUAUGAAUCCACAUUUAAUGGUCAGGUUGUUUCCUCGGAGAGAUAUAACAGAUGUGUUAUUUUUAUCAGCCGGAGGAGGUGCUGGUCUUUGGCUGUGGGCGAGACCACACAUAGCUGCCGCUACACCAGCUAGGCGUUUUUCAUGGGCCUUUUUAGGUGGUUGUCUUUGGCCUCUUGGAUCCAUAUUCCUCUGGGCGAUUUUAAAAAGUUCUAUUGGACAAAGACCAAUUAUGGGGACUGUACUUGGAAUCACUACAGGAGCAAUGCUUACAAAUAUAGCGGUAGACUACUUCCAUUAUGUAGAACUCAUGUUCUGUGGAGAAGUUCGUUUACCGGACGAUCCAUAUAGCCCUAAUAGUGAUGAUGAAAAAUAUGAUAUUGAUCUUUAAAACAAGAACUUUUAUGGUAUUAUUUACACACACAUUCACAAUUAUUGUGUAGCACUCCACUCUGUAAGAUAAAUUUUAUUUAUGUUAUCUAAAUGCAAGCAAUGUAGUUUUGACUCUUGUUAUUGUUAUAUAAAUCAUGUUUGUUUAUAUCUGGUAAAGCUUGAAUGUUUGCUUAAUAGCUUUUAAUAUAUUUUAAGAAAAUAUAUGUAAAAAUUGGUCUCUAGUCUGUGUAUGAAUUAAUUAUUAAAUAUAUUGGAAAGA